AUUGUCUUUCUGCAGGUUUCUUUCGGUGAUCUGUGACAUGACAGCAUAAUAAUUAUGACAGCUAACUUUAACCUUGAAUUUUUUAAAUAUUUGAUUUCUAUAUCCAAUGCAAUUUCCUUGAACUUUACAUUACGGCAUUGUUAUCAUGUUAUUUAAUUUAUUUUGAUAAAACGAGGUUUGAUAAACAUUUUAUUUAAUUGCUUAAUGUAUCAGUUCUUGAGCAAGGAAGAGUGAAAAAUGCUUAUUACUAAAAAUUUUAAAAUAUACAAAUUUAGCAAUUUAUUCAAGACUUAUGGGAAAGCCAUGUCUACUGUUAAGGAACAAAAAAUUAAUGUGAAUGGCCAGACAAUAAACUAUGCAAAGGUUGGUGAAGGAUCUAAGACUGUUUUGUGUUGUCCUGGGGCCUUAGGAUCGAUUUGGACUGAUUUUAAACCACAAGUCGAGGGCCUUGAUAAAAAUAAAUUAACUGUUAUUGCUUGGGACCCACCAGGAUAUGGACACAGCAGGCCCCCUGAAAGACAUUUUGAUGUAAAUUUCUAUGAAAAAGAUGCUGAUACUGCCCUCAAUUUUAUGAAGGCAUUGGGAUAUGAUAAAUUUUCAAUACUAGGCUGGAGCGAUGGGGGUAAUUCAGGAAUGAUUCUGGCAGCAAAAUACCCUAAAAAUGUUGAGAAACUCAUAAUGUGGGGAGUCAAUUCAUAUAUCUUGCCAGAGGAAGUAAAAAUAUAUGAGAAAAUGAGGGACAUAAGCAAUUGGUCUGACAGAAUGAAAGCUCCUUUGAUAGAACUUUAUACUGAAAAUGGUCUGGAGAAGAUGUGGUACAGCUGGUGUGAUACAUUGAUUGAAAUGGCAAGAAAUGGGGGAGAUAUUUGUAAAAACAAACUGGCUGAUAUAAGAUGUCCAACGUUUAUACUGCAUGGUGACAAAGACCCCAAGGUGGCACCAGAACAUCCAGGGUACCUGUUUUCCAAUAUCAGAAUGGCAAAAUUACAUCGAUUCCCAGAAGGAAAGCACAAUAUACAUUUAAAAUACGCCAAGGAAUUCAAUAAGUUGGUCACUGAAUUUCUGCUGCAGUAGUAGUUUCAUAUAAAAGAGGUCAUCAUAUUUAGUCCAAUCAUAUUAGCAAAUUUCCCCGAAAUAAUUGAAGAGUAUGGUUUUAUUGGUGCAAGUUUUUCAAGGGGGUUUUUCAAGCAUGGACGCAUAAAAUGGGUACACCAAUUUUUGUGGAAUUUUUUUUAUUCGACAACAAAGAAUGAGUAAACAUGUUUUUUGGGAUUCAAUCGAAAUUGUUGGCAGGAACGAGAAGACUCUGAAUAAAAUUUUUAGGUAUUUAUGAGACCUACAGAAUGAGAGCAAUGUGAAAAUUCCCACUAAUACUAAAAAAGUUAUGGCCGAAAACCAAGUCAAAAUGUUUCUAAUUGUUUAUCCCAAAAUACCUGUUUUCCGGCUAUCACUACUAGUUUAUUGAGCAAUAUACAGGGUUUAUCACUUUUAUUACUAGUAAUAGGGCUGUGAGGGUGAGAAUUUUAUGUAAGGUGGGGCUCGGGACAUCCUCUUGUAAAAUAUGUUAAUAUGUUAAAAUACUGUGACCUGUAUGUGGUAAUGUAUUUUAUAAAAUUGAAGAUGCCAAAGUCUAUAGCAUAUCAAUAUUUUUGUAUAAUUUAUUUGCUGAUGUUAUAUACACCUAUUUAGAUUAUGGUUGUUGAUAAUAAAAACUGAUAUAGAGC